GUUAAUAUGGAACACCUGGUCUUUAUCCCACAAGGACCGCAGGGCGUUGUAACGGCAUCUAGAAAUCUGACUCUGGCAACUGAUUGGACCUACGAGUCGGACGUAAUUCCAUUCCAACCACCUCUAACACCAUGGCUGGGAUUUGAUCAUCAAAAUGCCGCGACUUCUUUAGAUUUGGAACUAUAUCCGAGACGACGCGGAUGGAAUUAUCAAGAGAUUUGGCAGGGAAAUCUUCGAGAAUCCCAUGCCUCCUUGGCCAGUUUAGAUGGACAUUCGAUCGCCAAUCGAGUCGUCGCCAUGCUCCAGAGCUGGUUUUACAUAGGCCUCUUGGAAUCCGUUAUUGACAAGCCGGUAUCUCCAUCGUACGUUGUACGAACAGACAAAAGUGCAGUAGCAUAUUUAUAUAGCCGGAACCUUCAUUUCUGCCUACAAGCUUGGAUUUUCAAGAUCAGACUCGAAAACGAGGUCCAAAAAGAGGCUAUGAACUUAAGAAUACUCAACUCUUUGGGACUCGUUAGCGAUUGGAUCAAGCGUAUGAAUAUAUAUGCCGAUCGUGACCAGAAAUAUUUCUACAGACACAUGGAGGCUUCCUAUCCAGGGUUUGGAAAGACGUUUACACCCAUUGUACCUUCAAUCAUUCGUCUUGGAGAGGCAAUAGACUGUGCGAGGCUGACAACAUUUGGAAAGGUACCAUCGGCUCUUUCAUGGCAUUAUCCAGACUCUGAAUUUUCGAGCCAAAUUUCCAUUCUCAAAGAUCGUGGCUGGUGCCCCUACACAUUGAGAAUCCUGGGGUCAAGCGCUGGAGCAUCUACAAUUGACUGGUUAACGACGUUCAAUGUUUGGGUAGGAAAUGAGGGCAGGGAACACGAAAGAUGCACCGAAAGUGUUUGUGAGCGGAAUUACUUUGCGUGGGAGAAGUAUAAGAUAAAGCAUCGCCAAGGAUGUGAUGGCCAUGGUUGUCGGUUUCUAAAGCCUCCUUUAGAGAAGACCUUGGACAUCUUGAAACGGGGAUACAUACCUGUCAUUAACUUUCAGUACGAUGGCACCAUCUCUGUUUCGGCCCGAUCGACACAGACGCAAGGAGACUAUCUUGCUUUCUCCCAUGUAUGGGUGGACGGAAUUGGGAGUACCACAGAAGAGGGGCUUCCUGCGUGCCAGUUUGCCUUCCUCCGUGAUGUUGCUUGCGAUGUAAUGAAUGUGCGCGACCCAGCUUUCUGGAUCGACUCCCUCUGUGUACCCAGUCGAAGAAGUGCUCGGCGAAAGGCCAUCAUCGUGAUGCAUGCCACUUAUUUCAACGCAUCAGAAGUAGUGGUCUUGGACAAAACAAUACAAUUGCAUAGCAUAACUUCCCCUUCAGAGGUUACAUUUUGCGCAAUAUUCACUUCGGGCUGGAUGCAGCGGCUUUGGACUUUCCAAGAGGCUCUGCUUGCACAGCGGCUCAUAUUCAAGCUUUCUGACGGUCUUUACAAGUUAGAUGCGCUUGAGAUCAUGAAAUACGGACGUUCUUCGCUUCCUAGCAGUAUCUGUCACGUAUGGCGGGCAUUGGGAUCACAGUUGCUGCGUCUUCGAGGCACUGGCUCUACUACACGGAACAUUGCAAGCGUGAGUAGAGAUCUUGCUUGGCGUUGUACAGCUAGGUACACGGAUGAGACCCUGGCGAUAGCAGGUGUUCUUGGAAUUGAUGCUACACUACUUUUGGAAGAGACCGAAGGCAACACAGCAGAGGUCGACGAUGAUGAGCCUUUCAUACAGUGGUCAGAUCUCUGCGAAAAUUGUAAAGCAGAGCUAGAGUUGCAGAACCGCGCGCUGGCACAACGACGAAUGGCCAUAACUUUAAAGAUUGUCGCCGAACUGCCCCGAGAUAUCAUUUUCUUGAAGUCUCCUAAGCUUUCAAUCGAGAACUUCACCUGGGCGCCUGAGACACUGAUGUCAAGAUCGUCUUACAGGGUCGGGAUUGAGGCGCUGGCGGCGGAUUGCACAGAUGCUGGCUUGACUUCAUAUUGGUGGUUGCUCACUCAGCAGCUGGCAAGAAAAGCUGAUAACAAAGAGGUCAAGUAUGUGGGGUCUUUUGCUGAUCGAUGCGUUUAUCGCAUCUUCUUCCAAAAUACAUGGCCUACACCCCCAGAGGAAUGGGAAUAUGAAGCUAUUGUUCUGGACGGCAAUAUUUCUGACAAUUUCCUGCCAGGUCAGAGCGUCAAUGGAUUGGCAGUCAUGAAAGUCUUCCAAGCAUCUGGGAGGACGACAUAUCGUCCUGUCGGGCCCGUUUUAGUUGAGAAAUUGCAUUUUGAGGAGGCUUUUCUCGACAAGCAGUCUAUGAUGUUUUCUCCGCCGCCUGAGGGUAUCACUGUCGGAGAUCUGUCCUGGGAGACCUUUACUCUUAUCUAGAUUAAGUAUCAGGCGACAAAGGUAGCACUUCCGCUUUCG